UAAUAAUUGAUAUUCAGUUUCUGCAUGAAAGGGUAAGACUUCUUAAACAUGUAAAUUAAAAAAGUAGCCGGCUUUGUUUGAAAAUGCAGCGUAUGUAACAAUAAAUGAUUCAUGUCAUGCAUAUCCCCAUAUCUUGCAACAGGACCGUUGAGUUCCUCUUAUCGGCACUUAUUUCGUGUGGGUGGGUAGACCGUCGACAAAAAACCGGCUCAAAAUCUUAAGCAAACAUGUAAAGCGUGUGGAGUUUCAUAAAUUCUGUACAGAAUAAAGAAAUUGACAUAAUUUAUCAUAGACCGACCACACCCCCGCUGCCUGAGGUCAGGCAAAAGCAGAACAAUUAAACUGCGGACGGAGCGGACAUAAGGAAGGGAGGGGAAUGGAGGACUCAGAAGAGGUUGUAAUGAUGGCGGCGAAGCGCGAUGGCCGAUCUGUCAUGAGGUUGGAGAGGAUGUUCCGAAGUGAAAUCGAUGAAAAACUUGUCCACCAUGUGGCGGGAGGUCCCCACAAAGGCAUCCUGAUAGCCAAGGCAGCGGACAAUUUAAAAGACGUGGAACCUCCAGAAGGAAGGCUGGAGUUUCUGGCUUACCUUAUCAACGAAGAGCAACAAAAUCAAUCCGUGCAGGACUACUGGACGCUGAGGUUUUGGUUCCGGGGUCAGGCCGAGGGGGUCGUUAAAAAGAAGACGUUUACAGACUACUUCCAGGAACUUAUGAAUCCUUCUAACUUCCCUAAAAGCAAGAUAUUUAAUUUUAAAAGUUUUACAUCAGUAUUCACUCCAGCAUCCUACACAUACCAACUUGUACCAGAGGUACAAAUCAACAAUAAAACCUUCAUCACAUUUAUGGUUAAAGCAGCAGCGGACGCUCAUGUCGCACUGAGCGCAGUAUAUGGGGACGUAGAUCGCAAAACGUUUGAAAUCGUCAUCGGAACUGACGGAAACACGAAGUCAAUCAUCCGUUAUGGUGCGGGUGGACCUGUAAUGACGGAAUCUAUGACGAUGAACGUUCUGUCUCAGGACGAUUUCCGAUAUUUCUGGAUUAGCUGGGCGAACAAUAAAAUCGAGGUUGGACGUGGUGCUAAUUAUGGAGUGGGUGCUUUUCUUCAGUGGACGAUCCCUCCAAGUAAACAGUUCAAUAUCAACUGUCUUGCAGUUUCUACCGGAACACCAUCUAAAGGGCAGUGGGAGUUCGCAGAACUUUUGGAUGCUGAAAAGGACUUUGGUAGAGAGGCCAAGAAAAGAAGAAUCAAACACUCUUUGCUGUGGAUAGCAAAGAAACAGAAAAUGUUACAAUGCUUAGAAGAUGCCUAUCCUAAUAUGGCGAAGACACCGGAUUUAUUUAAACUCUGUAAGAUAAAGCAGUCAGAUACAAUGGCUGCCUUGGUUUUCUUGUCGGACAUGCAGAAGAAAAAUCUUAUUAAAGAAGUAGAAGGUGGUUUUUGGAUGAGAAUUCAGAGCAGCCAGGAAACGGAAGUCAGCAAACACGAAGUAAAAAUUGUUAAAAACCUACCCCAGCUCAAACCAUCAGAUCAGCCAACCAUUGCUAUAGUGACGUCACUGUUCUGUGAAAAAGUGGCAGCUGAUGCAAUGAUCGAAGAAAAGACAACUUAUGUCAAAUAUAAAACUGAAGGAGAAUCACAGGUGUACACACUAGGUAGAAUUGGCAAGUAUAAAAUUGUAUCAACGAAACUGUCCCGCAAAGCCAACUCAGAACAGGAAACAAGAAUAUCUGCCGAAAACACAAUUACCAGACUUUUGGGAACUUUCAACAAAGUUCAUCACGUAAUAAUUGUGGGAGUAGGGAGUGGAGUGCCGCAUUACACAGAUGGUGAUAAACACGUGCGUCUUGGCGAUGUUGUUGUAUCUGUGCCUUCCAGAAAGAAUGGAGCAAUCUAUAUGCACUGUCACAAAAUAGAAAAGAUGGAGGGUGGAGAUGGUUACAAUUAUUCUACCCGGGAAUGGGACUGUAGCGACAAUUCUUUACAAGAUGUCGCCGUCAGUCUAAAGCAAAUCAUUGAAAGAGACACAAAUCCCCAGCGCCCCUGGGAUCGCUACGUCAGCGACGCCAAGGACACCCUUCAAACCGAGGAAUCCAACUUCCAUCGACCGCCAUUGAAAACAGAUAGACUGUUUUACACGGACGACAACGGGACGGAACUAGAAGUGGAACAUCCGGUAGCUGGCAAAGCUUAUCGUGUGGGACAGAGUAACUGUCGUCUGGGUGUUAUAGCAAGCGGCAAACUCGUCUCCCGAAAUCCUCGGCUUAGACAGUCGUUUGCAGAAUUGAACGGAAUCCGUGCAUACGACAGUGACGUCAGUGCUGUAUUAGAAUCAUUAGAAGGGAAUCGAACUAACAGCUUUAUCAUCAUUCGCGGGAUCUCAGAUUAUUCGGGCGGAUCCAGAAAGGAGUGGCAACCUUACGCCUCUCUUGCUGCUGCUGCUUACAUGAAAUCAUUAAUCUAUGCUCUGGCUUGAAUUUUCCCUUGCAUCUUUGUAACUAAAGCUAAAAAAUACCUGUGUAAUCAGCUAAAUCAAAAAAAAUUAUUUGUGUUUGUUAAGUUUAUAUAUUUUGCUUACACUUGCUGGAUUUUAAUGAAAGACAUUAAUAUAAAUACACGUGUUUCUGUAGUAA